GUUAAUGCUCAAGGAACCUGGCUUACCAACGUAUCCAACCAGGCCAACAAGUACAUUAGAAGUAAAGGAGAACAGUAUGAUGUGCUUCAGAGAAAACUUGAUGAUGUUACGGCGCAGUAUUACUCUUUGGUGGACCUUUGUCGUCAGAGACGUGCCAACCUUGAGAAAGCUCGUGCUCUCUACAAAUUCGUCCAGGACAAUGAAGAAGAGCUCUCAUGGCUAGCCGAAAAAGAGCAUCUAUGCCGUCGUGCAUUAGCGAACAACGAUAUCGCAGCAGUACAGCAAACCACCCUCCUCUAUAAGAAUACUGAGACUGAAAUGCAGUCGCACUGGGCUCGCAGCAAGGAUAUGAUGGCUGCAGGGGAACAUCUCAUUGAGAAUGGCCAAUCUCGUGAGGAUAUUCAGGUAAGGCGCAAUCAGUCUGGCUCUUCUCUCUAUUUCUCGCAUAAUAUCAUAUUUGCUUUGAGAAAAUUAUUUGUACGAAUACAUAUAUUUCUUGUUAGUCGCAUCCAUGCAAUGCAGCAAGGUUGGGAAAGACUUCGUGCUGCCCAUCAGGCGCUUGGCCAGUGGCUUAAUGAAGCUAAACAAGCUCAACAAUACUUCCAAGAUGCCAACGAAGCUGAAUCGUGGAUUCGUGAGAAGAUGCCAUUAGUGAAAAGUGAUGAUCUUGGGCGAGAUGAGGGUGCAGCAGAAUCGUUGUUACAAAGACAUGCACGUCUUGAGGAGGAGAUUCAUGCUUAUAGGGCUGAUAUAGUGAGACUUGAAGAGAUGAGCCAACAACUAGCGAACAGCUCCUUCCAUACUGCUACAACUAGCACUCAAGAGACGGAAGAGGUUACUGUGCCGCAAAUUGAAAUGCUUUACAAAUAUGAAGGCAAUGGAAUGUCUGUAGUAAAAGGUGAAGUACUAGCACUUCUGGAACAAUCAACCCCUGAAUGGUGGCGCGUUUUGAAGCAGGACGGCACGGAAGGAUUUGUGCCUGCCAACUAUUGCCGAAAAGUUCCCGGUGAAACG